AUGGAUGUGUCCCAGAAACUUCUCCAGUUAUUGGCAGGAGUUGACUGUAUAACAUCAACGGAUGCAGCCGCGUCGUUAAAAAUAGACCACCAGACCGUAGUGGGAGGCAUAAAUAGCCUUUUGCAAAGCGAGGGGGUGAAUUAACAUAUUCCUUAAUUACGAAUUUAGCUGAUAGAGGCUGAGCCGGUUGUUCAGACUGAAUUCUCUCUUACCGAUGAAGGCCAGUAUGUGGUUACACAUGGAAGUCAUGAAUUUGUCGUUUAUUCGUCAGUUCCCGAGGAUGGCAUUCUGAUGCCAAAUCUUAUGGUACGCAUAUGGGUUUGUAGAUUUUUGUAGAAAGUCUCGCCUUACGCCAAAAUGGGCGUAAGUAAAGCCCUUGCGUCAAAAUGGAUACGUGUGACAAAAACUCCCGAAAAUACACAACUUGUCACGAGAGCCGUAAGACCUUCAUACUGUCUAAGGCCCUGUAGUCCGACUCGGUAGUUGACGAGGUCAAAGCUUCUUUGGAGAAUCUCCAAUCAUGCGAUGCAAAGGAGAAAAACGAACUCAAAAAACGUAAACUCAUCGCAGAGAAGUGAGUUGUCUAUCCGUUCUUUUAUUCUUCGCUCAGAAAAGUUACCAUCUACAGACUCAAAAAGGGCAAGUUGUUUUCCACCAGUCGGUCAAAAGAAGAAACGGAUCUCACGUCAGAAAUGAUCUUAACGUAAGAUACCAUCUUGCCUCUUCUUCAUUCAUUCUUACUGUUUCGUGUGUCCACGUAAUCUCUAAAUAAUGUGUGCUGAAGAUUUAAUGCAGUUUAACUCCAAUUAUGACAAUUCUUUAUGGAUUCUAAACGACUGAAACCGACGUAAGACCCGAUUUAGUUUCUGUGAUCUCCUUCACGUAGACGCUGAAAGUCCACUUCUGCGAGGUUAUUUAGAUUUAACAGUGGAAGCAAAUUAGUUUUAAAUACUUUUUACAUAAUUAUUUGGCCUAUUAAGGGUUCUAGGGCAUAUUUUAGUCGUAUCCUUCCUUUAGCUUCGUAACUGGCUCAGGUUUGAAUUUUGGCGUAGACUGAAAACCUCUCCUUAGGUCAUCCGUUUUUGAUUUAUGUGGAAGCAUUCGGGUCGCAACUUCGCGUCAUGUGUAGAUAAUUGUUUUUAUUUUACCUUGCAGUGGUUCUUGGCAGGAGUGCAAAUUCAAAAAGUACAACUUCAAAGCCCUGGGCGUUCCUCAACCAAUGGGUCAUCUUCAUCCCUUAUUGCGAGUGCGCGCCGAGUUCCGGAGGAUCCUUAUGGACAUGGGGUGAGGUGUAUUUCGUGGUUUGAGCACUGAAUUUCACCUAGACACAAUAGCUGUGUGACGCAUGUACUUUAGGAUUACAUAACAACUUCACGAACAUGACUUCGUCGUCCAGAAAGCGAAACAAUCGUCCAGCUCUAUCUCGAAUUUAAUUCUCCUUUUUAUAUAUUCUUGAUUUAUUUGGGUUGUGUCGGUCGUUCGGCUCUUCUAAAACAGAUGUAGCAUCAAGCUGUCGUUUUAAUAACUUCGGAUAGUAAAAUGCCUUGGUAACCAACUUGUUCCUUUACGUCAUAUCUUACUUCUCUAAACAGAUUCAUUUAUAUGCUCAUCUUAACGUAUAUUUUUUUCGACGCAGUUGACGCGCACUAUUCCGUUCAGAUUUUUUCCUCCAUAUUUACAGGUUCUCGGAGAUGCCCACAAACAACUAUGUGGAAUGCAGCUUCUGGAACUUCGAUACCCUCUUCCAACCCCAGCACCAUCCCGCACGUGAUGCACAUGACACCUUCUUCCUUUCAGGUAAACAGCUAAUGCAGCCAUUGUCCUUAAGACCUAUAUUUACCGUCAACAACUUGGGAAGUCCAAUGAUCGGAUCGCCUCCUUUGCUACCACUCCAAAUCAUAUCGUGUAUAUUUUGACGAUACCCUCAGAGACAUCUUCGAAUGAAGGAAUGACGGGAGGGAAUUCGGGAUCUUUGCCCCUCACGAUUUCGUCUCUGAUUUAGUUCCAGGCCAAUUACUUGAGGUUCAUAGUUGUCAUUUUUGCGCUUCCCUACUUCCCCUGGAUGGGUUUAAACCAGUAAUACGCCUGACAGUGUCUCAUAUUUCCAUGAGCGUACGAUCGGCCUCUGUUGCCCACUAUCGAGACCACUUCUGUCAACUGAGUCAAAGUCUACAUCGAAUAUGGCUGCCAACAACUGCGCUCAAAAGUGAACAGCAUUCCCAAAAAAUCUAACUGUAACUUCUGCUACUAGCUUGUUGGCUGUUGUUAUCGCUAAUUGAUUCCAUUUUUUCAACGGGUACUAACGGGUUGUCCGCACAAAGUUUCCUAAUUGUAUGUCACCAGACUCUCAGCACUUCGUACCUGUUUAGGUACUUGUGUCGGCUUGCUCCAACAUUGGCCAAGGCAGUCCUAAACAUGACGAUUUGUUGAAAUACGGUGCAGAUCGGGUCUAUAGUCUCGCCUGUUUCUCUCUAUUUAGGCCGUUAAACGUCCCUUACCGUCUGAUCUCCUAUGCAACUUCCACCCCUCGUGGUCUUAGACCACAUGGCCACUGGAAAGGGCUUUUUUGCCUCACAUACAACAAAUUAUUUAUUCAUAUUUGACAUAGGUACUGAUAGCAUUCACUGACAGCUUGGUGUUCGUCUGGGAUCUAGAGAUUCAAAAAUCCACCUCCGAUGCGUACAGGUCUUGCUAAGGGAAAUGUUUAGCCGUUUUAUUGAUCGAUAGAAUCUGUGAAAGACGGUUCUGUCCCUUACCGAUGCCUAACACUUCCCCUGCCUUCCUCGCCAUCUCGCCUUUUUGAAAUAGAUCCAGCCACAACUGAUGUGAAGGCCCACUGCCCGACAGACUACCUCAACCGUGUCAAGACCGUGCAUGAAACAGGUGGCUACGGCUCCACAGGCUAUCAUUAUAACUGGCAGCUCUCCGAGGCCGAAAAGAAUAUCCUGCGCACUCACACUACAGCUGUCACUUCGCGCAUGCUCUAUCUCCUUGCACAGCAGGUUUGCCUUUUUUUCCCCUGUCCCUUCCCCUCACCCUCCGCCCACGUGAAAUGCCAUCUGGGCGUUCAUUUUUUCAAAUGUGCGUGCACCACCUAUCUGCCUGACAUAGACUGUCCUUCCCUAUGAACGCUUCGGUCGUCGUUGCCGACGGUGUUCACGGUGCGCUCCACAGCAGGAUAAGAGGAGGAAUGUUGACUUAUGCAAUAGUAGACUUGCGCAGCAUCCACCUCACAUUAUCCUCCCUCAUCUGGGCCCGGUACCAUGGGCAAGUCAAGAAGAACGGACACGCGGAAGACGGCGCAGGUGACUGACACGAGAAGUAGGCCCGCACUCACAUUCCGAUGACGCCUGUCGGACGCAUCUGCCGCGUCGCCCGUUUUAGGCGUAAAAUUCGAGCGCUAAUAAUGUUAACACUCGCUUCGGCAGAGUAUAUUGACAUAGAUUUACUGACCCCUGGCUCCCUGGUUGAUCACUGUGAAUGCACGCCCGAAAUGAGGCAUCGCAGAUCUUUGGCCGUUCAGCAAAUUGGCGAGAUAAUGGACGGCUGUUCUGUCAGUGCAAGCGAAGACAUUAGAUUGAGACAUGGUAGUACAAAAAGGCCGAAAUAGCUUACAUUCACGUACCCUGUCCUUGAAGUGUCUUAAACUCUAUGCGCACCUUAACUACCACCUGAAGCCUACUGCCAGGGAGUUGUUUCACUGUUGACAACACUGUUUUGGUUGUUUGAGCACGUCUUGUUGGUUAGAGCCAACCUGUCACUCGUGCCGAUUGUAUACCCCAUUAAGUUUUUUUUCUAAAAACAAACAACUAGGGUCCUUUGCAUUUUCGACGCUCAAAAGGCCAUCCGUAGCUCUCCCAAUUGCUUUACACAUUACGGUUCUCUCGUAAUCGCUCCACGGCACAUUCAAAGGAACGUCUUGUUAGUUGCGUUUGGUUUUGUCACACCUAACCUCCAGAGGUUGGGGCAUCGUCGGUUGGGGACAGCAAGUUUCCCAGAAAUAACCAUUUUACCGCGUUUGAUGUUUUAAACAGUAAGACUUGCUGAUUGCCGAUUACUAGUCGAUAUGCUUCUAAAUGCGUGUGUUCCCGAUCUAUCACCCUCAGGACAGAACAGAGCUGCCCGUUUCGGCCCUCCAGUCAGAAUAAGUCGGCAAACGUCACUGUUCUGUUUUUUUUUAAAUGUCAGCUCGGCGUUUGACUAGGACUCAGCUCUUUGUCAAUUGGCCUGUGGGUGUCACCGACUACCAUAGCCGCUCCAGUGUCGGUAAAACUGCUCCAUUGGUCGUCAUGAUACCACCGCCUGCGGCGAGCUAUCAAUUAUCGGCUUAGAGACAAUGCCUAGGCAUUCUUGUUCUGUUCUGCAAUCAGAAAAGAUCGGUACACACCGCUCCAUGCGGCUGAACGUCCUCGAUUUCGGCCGACAUGCCUUGAGUUUGUGAGUGCGCAACGCCUAGCCGACUCGCGUCUAACCAUGGAACAUUCAGCCUGGUUGAUGGGGCAGGAAAUUGCCACUCCAGUAUUCGUUGCUGGUCUGGUUUAUCGAUUGUUAGUUGUUCUGGUCAAGAAGGUAGUUGCAACUCACAGUACGAGACAAAUAUCCGUGGGAGCGAUCACGGAAGCAUCGUUAAUCUCGAAGCGAAGGCUGUAAACUAUAUGAAGACUCUGAGAGAAUUCAGAAGCUGUGGACGCUAGUCCAGACCAGUCAAAUGUCAGCGUCAGGCCAAUUCGUCAAGAACUUAAAAGCAUAACGCGUUUGUGUUUUCUGCCAGAACGUCAGAACGGAUCGUGCACGGUAGGGUUGCCCUGGCUGCGCGGUUUGCUGCAAGCCACUAAUAAUCCGGAAGGUAAGGCUUGCUUUGGAAAGCCUGUAUGUUUUUUGGUCGUUCAAAGUGGGAAGUACUCAUCAAAGCGUUGGAAUCAAUGUCUGUUAAGCUGAAGAUUCCUGGGAUACUGCCAGGAAAGGAGGCUCGGUACUCUUUUCUGUACACAUUCCCUUACGUCCGCUGACCGACAUCCAACAGCGCGCUCAAAUUUCGAAUCAGUACACAACAGCUAGGACACCAGGAACGUGCGGGCGUGUCCAAUCCAACCCGUGCGUGGCCAGUGUGCCGGCUGAACUUCUGGCUCACCUAACUGUGGAGACCUGGCGCAACAUUAGUACGCGAGCAACUCGUGGGCGGAUCGCUAGGGUGACGCCCGAUCAGCAUUGCGGCCUCUUGCGUGGACUCUGGGUUGGGCCCUAACUCGCGACCGGACGACCACAUCUCCCCUAGGCCCGAUUGCUGCACUCCCUUCCUACAAUACAAGGCAACAGUUACAGACAGUCUGUUUUUUCCGCUUUCAGGGCAGCCGUUAACUCGACCCCAAUUCUCCGGUGUGCGUGUACGCCGUCUUUCAGUUCACAUUUCUAUAUCAAAACAGCGCCAGACUAGUCGUCAUGAUCUGUUUUCUCAAAAUCCAAACUUCCGCGUUUCUGCUUCAUAUGCAGCGCACUUGUCGGUCGUGAGAUGCUGGUAGAGUGGAGGCGAAAGUUUGAGUUCCAGGUGUAUGUAUAAGUGGAGAAUAAGAAGGCUGAUCGAGCACCAAAGCAGUCUGUUUAUUGUUCUGAGCUCCCGAACUCGUGCAGGAAUGCGUCGCCAGAGAUCAUAGCAACAAUAGAACAUGCGAAAAUUAUAGGGUGUGUUAACCAAUAAUCAAUAAAUGCUGCAAGACUGGAGGCGACUGCGCAAGGGGCUUUGUACGCCGGCACCAGAUCAAUACAUCGACUGACUGAGUUCUCGUCCAAGGCCUAGGCUUCAAUCAAUUCCCGACCUGUUUUGUUUCCAGCGUGGGAGUCGAUCGAUGAUUGGCUUGCACGCUCUAAUUGUCGCUAAUUCUGUUGUUUUUGCUAUCUCCGACGAUACGUCCCUUCAUGUUUUCGAAAGCUCAGAGUAACAUACAGACAGUUUUGGUGCUCGAUCGGCCAUCUUCUUCACUUACACCGAUAGAUGUCCGACAACCCACACUUCGAAAAACUCCAGUUUUCCCAGCUCCCCCCUUUGAGAUAUGCGGAAAAUCUUCCGGCUAAGUAGCCGACCUCUCCGAGUUUCUGUGUUUAACGGGAUUCUUUAUUGUACCAUGUCCCUAGCACAAAAGAACCUGAAAUUACCUCACUGGUGUGUUUCAAAACGUCAACAUUGAUCUGUUGAACAGUAAGCAAAAGCUGCAGUCGCUUUUUGUUGCACUAACACAUCCGAUCCAUUUUGAUUUUCCGGGUGAGCCAACCUCCCCACCGAAAUGCGCCUAAAGUAAUCGCAUAGUUGAAUUUUCAAGUCUGUUCGGCAUACUUUGCAAGAAACAUGGCAUGUUUACUUCUCCUCUCCCUCCAGAAACAGUUCACUCCCGUGCGGUACUUUAGUAUCGAUCGGGUCUUCCGCAAUGAGACUUUGGACGCCACCCACCUGGCCGAAUUUCAUCAAGUGGAGGGCGUGGUUGCCGACUACAGUCUCUGUCUGGGACACCUGAAGGCCGUCAUUCGAGCCUUCUUCAAUCAGUUGGGCCUAAGUAAACUACGUUUCAAGCCCGCCUACAACCCCUACACAGAGCCCAGUAUGGAGAUCUUUAGUUACCACCCAGGUAAGAAUCGCCGUUCUCUCUGGAAUUUUGCGUUCCUUUCCGUAUUGUAAGGCCUGUCUGUAUGUGCGUGUGUACACCUUGUAGGUCUGGGCAAGUGGGUAGAGGUCGGCAAUUCGGGCAUCUUUCGGCCAGAGAUGCUGCGGCCGAUGGGUCUUCCAGAGGGCGUCACCGCCAUUGCUUGGGGCCUCUCUCUUGAACGGUAAGUCCACCAAAGUCGGCCACAGGCCUCGGCUAUGGACAGGCUUGUGGUUUAGACCUUGUAUUUUUAUUAUAUCACGCCUACAAAUCAUUACCCGAAGGUGAUUUGGCAAUACGGUCACCGAAUAUAUGAGUUGUCUUUUUGUGAAGUUUUUGAGUUAUCACGGCUGUCGUUUUGACUCAAUGUCCGUAAGGGCAGCGGUGAAUUCGCUUGCGUAGCGUCUGUUUAACCCACUUCCUACGCUGCUCCUGGGAGAAGAGGGUCUAGCUGACUGACGCAACUAACCCCCCCCCCCAUCUGUGCACGUGCAACUCAGUCUUCGGAGAAGGACAUGGCAUCUCCGCUUCAUGGCAGUCAUUGGGACGAUCAAGUCUCCCUUUAAUUUUCAAAUGCUUUUAUCACUUAAUGAUUGUGUCGGAACGCAUUUAGUCGUUCAUAGUGAAGAAGCUUGGCACCCCCUGCCAUUGCCGAGCCUCGGCCAUGCCUACUGGAAAUACAGUAGGUGGGCUAACUCGUGAAAUGUCAACCGAAGUUCCGAAAUGCGUUUUCGUUUCGAAAAGAUUAAGUAGGAUUGUAGAAAUAGUCAGCCUGCAACGUAAUUCUAUAAUAUUUCAGUUAUCUCAGGAUGCCGACUUUCGAAUGAACUUCCUUCCGACUACAUGCAAAAACUGAACUCUGUAAAAAAUGACAACUUCGGUAGCUUAAAUUUUUCUCAUUGAUUUUUGAUGCCCCUAAAAGUCCAAUUACAUUUCAUGGAAAACAUUAUAAAACUAUUCAUUCUUUUGCUUAAUCGGUAGAAAAUUACGUCUUCUUCCAAUCUUAUACUCGAUGGAAGGGUAUAAUUCGGUUUUCAAAAACUGUUCCAAUUCCCGAAUAAUUUUGAACCCGCUCUACCGUCACACUUUUAUUCAAGGUUUCCAAACUACAAGCCGUAUAUUUUCCGCGUACGAAAAGCCGCACAUUUCUCUACGGUAAUAAAGGGGGACCAUAUAGAGUUCAUUAAAUUAGGCAGUAAAUUUGACCCACAUUGUUAACUUGACAAGCCACAUUGGUAAAUGCAGAGAUAUGACAAUUUAUGAACGGCCGUUUCACGGUGUUUAAAAUUCCCACAGUUAGAAACUUUUCCAAAACCGAAUUAUGUCCCUCCUUCGAGUAUAAAAUUAAAAGAAGACGUAAUUUUCUACCGAGUAAGCAAAAUAAAGAAUAUUUUUAUGCAUGUUUUCCAUGAAAUAUAAUUGGACUUUUAGGGGCCUCCGAAAGUGAUGAGAAAAAUUCAUGCCACUUAAGUAGCCAUUUUUAGAGUAGUUUUCACAUGCAGCCGGAAGGAAGUUCAUUCGAAAACCGGCAUCUUGAGGUAAGUUAAAUAUUAUGAAAUUAUAUUGCAGGCUGACUAGUUUUACAACUCUACUUAAUUAAUCUUGCCGAAACGAAAACGCAUUUCGGAAUUUCGGUUGACAUUUAAUGAGUUAGCCCACCUACUGUAAGCUUUGGCACGGUGGUCUACGCCAUUGCUGUCCGUCUCUCGUCCCACAGAACGUUUCAGCUAGUUCAUCGGGCGACAGCCUUCCGAAUCACGACACUUAGCCCUUUGUGGCAUUUUCGGAAGCGCAUCAACCCUGUUAAAUGCCCGAUCUGACCUGGGUCGGUCUUAUUCUUCCAGUUCAUCGGACGACUGGUAGCAAACUGGAGCACAGUAUAUGAGGUUGUGGGUCAAGCCCCCAUUUAACGCCAGGGUGGGGGCAAAGUCCAUGUGCCGUCGUUAGGAGAAUGCUUUCUACAGAUAAGCCGAAAAUUAUUCAUUUCAAUCUGCUUUAUUUCCUCCUAAUGUUCCUCAACUUCUGAUUUCUCCUCUCUGUACGAUUGCCUGCGCGGCUUCUGGAGGUGGGCUCCAGAGCAUGACGGAAUUCUAGUUUGAACCACGCCAUCCCCCACCUGAACUGCAGUCGGUGACCGAUCUCAUGAAGUGUUAACCUAAAUUCUGACAUUUAUUUUCGAUUAUAGUGAAUUGCUGUGGCGGUGUUGUAAUACUGAUUAUCGCGCGGCAUAGUCUCCAAAUAUUUCAGUCACGUCUGGAUAUCGGCCUUUGAAUGAACUUUCUGGUAGCCUGUAAAAACCACACUCGCUAUUGAUUGACUACUUGCGUGGUAUAAAUGCCUCACAGUACAUUUCGUUGCCUUUAUAAAUUCAAGUACAGUGCGUGACCGAUCUCAUGAAGUGAUAGCCUAAAUUCUGGAAUGCGUUUCCGAUUAGGAAGGAUUACUUAAGUUGGGUUGUUAUACUGAUUAUCAUGCAGCUUAACCCUAUAACAUUACGGACUCGCCAGGAUAUCGGCUUUUGAAUGCACUUCUUUUGGACCUUCUGCAGAAACCACACUCGGUGAAAAAUGACUACUUAAAUAGUAUGCAUUUUUUUCUAUUGAUUCUCAUUGGUCUUAUAAAUUCAAAUAUAUUUUAUGGAAAACAUGCAUAAAAAUAUGCUUUAUUUUGCCCAUUUGGAAGGAAAUCACAUUGUCUCCAUAUUUUAUGCCCGAAGAACGUGUGUAUUUAGUUUUGAAAAAAUUUCCCAAUUCCCUAAUAAUUUUCAGCCUGAUCUGCCAUUACAUCAGCAUUUAGCAGUUUCAGUCUACAAGGUUCGUGCGUUUCGCGUAAGGAAAGUCUUAUAUUCCUCUAUGCCUUUAAGAAGAUACCACAUAGCGUUCAUGAAAUUUUGCAGUGUAUCCGGACUGUGUUGUACAUUUCAUAAGGAGCUUUGGUAAACGGGCGUGUGCGGUCUCGCAUGCAUGGGAAUCACGCGGUCCUAGAAAUCUCAUAAUUAGAAACUUUUUUUAAAACCUACAUACACGCUUUCUUCGGGCAUAAAAUAUGAAGACAAUGUGAUUUCCCACAAAAUGAGCCGAAGAAUGCAUAUUUUUGUGCAUGUUUUAUAUAAAAUGUAUUUGAAUUUAUUAAACCGCCGAAAAUCAAUAGGAAAAAUGCAUGCUACAUAAGUAGUCAUUUUUUGCCGAGUGUUGUGGUUUUUGUAGGAGGUCAAAAAGAAGUGCAUUCAAAAGCCGAUAUCCUGGCGAGUCCGAAAUGUUAUAGGAUUAUGCUACAUGAUAAUCAGUAUAGCAAUUCCACUUAGGUAAUCCUUCCUCAUCGGAAACGCAUUCCGGAAUUUUGGCUAUCAUUUCAUGAGAUCGGUCACGCACUGUAUAUUUCAUAGGAAGCGUGCACAGAAUAUUCCUUCUCGUGGGCACUUUUUCCACUGAUUUUCGGUAUCGUUAUAGAUUUGAGUGUAUUUUAUAGGAAAAAUACACGACAAUAUCUGGCAGUAAAUUACGUCUUCUUUGCUUUGGAGUAAGGGAAUCUUCAGAUUUUCUUUAAAAAAACUUCGAUUUCCCGAAUAAUCUUUAAUCCGACCUGCAGUUAUACUCGCACGUCCGACUUCCAGACCACGCGCUUUAUUCUUUCCGUGUUAAGAAAAUCAUAAAUUCCCCCAUACAAAUAAAAAGACGUCAUUUCAUUUUUCCAAUCGGUGUGAACCAUGUCCUAUACUUCCUAGGCGCCAUUAAGGAUGAACAGAUAGGAUGCUCUAUGGAUGGUUUUAAAAAAACUCAAUUACAAACUUUCUAAACCGGGGAUGUCCUUUUCUUUUGGUAUAAAAUCUUUGAAGUCGUAAUUCGUUACCAAGUAGCUGCCAGAAAAAAGUGCUUUUACGAAUGUUUUCUACAAGAUACAUUUUAACUAGUGAGGGCACCAAAAAUUAAUGGGACAUAUCGUGCUACUUAAGUAGCCAUUUUUGUAGUAGUAGUAGUAGCAGCAGCAGCAACGGUAGCAGUAGUAACAGUAGUAGUAGUAGUAGUAGUAGUAGUAGUAGUAGUAGUAGUAGUAGUAGUAGUAGUAGUAGUAGUAGUAGUAGUAGUAGUAGUAGUAGUAGUAGUAGUAGUAGUAGUAGUAGUAGUAGUAGUAGUAGUAGUAGUAGUAGUAGUAGUAGUAGUAGUAGGUUAUGUUUGACCCGGUGCAGGCGGCCGGAAAGAAGCUUAGUUAAAAGCCGGCAUCCUGGAGUCACUGAAACAUCUUGCAAUUAUACUGCCAGUCCCACCUGAGUAAUCCUUCCUAAUUGAACACACAAGAUAGAUCAGCUCCUGUGCGUGUUUGGUGUUGAUUCCGCGGAGUGUCCAUGAUCGGUUCCGAUCUCCUUGUCUCAAAACCGGUUCUUUUACACUUGGUUGCUUUGCUUCUUUUCUUCCAUAUGCUUCCAACGUCAUGCCAAACAUUAGGGCACGCUGUGUUCAUGCGCCAUCUGACUGUGAUCUGGUGGGCCUCGAUGAUAUUGGCGACCCGUAAUAGCGGAUCGCGUCGGCCAGUUCCGGUAGUUUAUGUAGUCAAGCCAAACGCCAAGAGGACUAUUUAUCUUUCUGAUAUUUCGGUGUGCACUUUGUAGAUUCUCAUUGAAUUUGUGAUUUUUCGGCGCAUUUAUUGUGCUGUUCCUCAGUCCCUGGAUAAAAGUGGCCUUUUCCACGUUCUCGAGCCUGUUACUCAGGAGCAGUCAUGCCUUCAUAGCAGCCGAAUUGCACAGGCACUAAUCAACGCCUGACUUGCUCUCUUCUGUGUCCUGCAGGCCUACAAUGAUCCGCUACGGCUACAAGAACAUUCGGGAUCUCAUGGGUCCUAAGAUUGAUCUUCGAAUGGUCUAUGACAGUCCACUGUGUCGUCUAGAAAAGUUUUGAGGUGAGUCCCUAUUGCCGGUGGUCCGUGGGCGGUUUAUUUUCGCCGGCUGGGAUCAUAAGAUUUAUCGUCGCUGAAGGCAAGUGAGGCUGUGGUCUUGUUUUAUUUAGACCGCGAUCUCAUUGCGACCGCUGAAGUUUUUCCCGGCCACCUCGAAAAGAAGACGAGCUAUGCACCCAUUCUAUUGCUUUUUGUUUUAACUUAGGAAAUAAGAUGCGGGUCGACAGUCUUCAACCACUUAUGCAGUCAUGAGAAACGUGUUUAUUUUACCAAGAGGAGCAGAAAACGCUUAACGAUGUCGUUACUCCUGUUUACGUCUAAACGCCCGACCUGCAUGCACAUUUAUGGGGUUUAGCAGCCUGAGACCCAGAGCCAACUCAGCUUCAGGCGUUUUGAUAAACAGGGACUGCUUGCCACUGGUGCCAUGUUGGAAACUUCUGUUAUCUUCACCUAUACCCUGCACGAUCUGGUGAACUUGACCAUCUAACCGAUGUCCGACUUAGGUGAUUGGGUGAAAAACCAUCCAGCUGAGGAAGUUAGGUAAAAGCUCACAGACGUCAGAGGCGAUACAGAAAUGGCAGGCGCGGCUUCCGAACAAUAUCGCAAUUCGGCUUCGCUUCUCGCUCAGGCAUUCUCUACGACGGAACAGUUUUUCCGGCCGAUCUCAUUUCAUCCGCCCCGGUUUAAUUAGGCAAGUCGUUUGCAGCCAUCGAAAAAAUCCACGUUACGUGUCUGACCGGUCGAACUUUGUUUCUGAUAGUUGCGAAGGCGAGGUGUCUAAUUUUUGCCGCCUUCCUAUCAGUUCAUUGCUCACGCAUUUGUACUUAGACUAGUGAGCGCCGCAUGCUUUCGACAGUCUUGGCUCACGCGCAAUAUCUGCACUGGGACCGACCGAAUGCAGCUCUUGUAUGCUCCGUCGUAGCAGGGGCUGUAUUGUCUGUAUGACCCGUAGUUUCGAUAUUGCUGUCUCGCAAGUCAAGCUCUCGCAUGUGCGAAGAAGGAUACUCGGCUAGAAUCCAUGUUCAUAAAAAAACGAGCCCUUAUAGUCGCGAACUAUUUCGGGCACAUUUGCACUUUGGAUGCUGGGGUAUAUAUGACACGUGACAGCUGCGUAGAUCCCGGUUUGCGUUAUUCGUUGAUCUCUGACGCGGAAUCGCGCAGUCGGGGCAAGGGCUUCCCGCUGACUUGUGGCUCUACUAGUAACGAAUGUGGUAAGACGACGAAACAGGCGGCAUCGCUAUUUCUGACCCAAUUAUGGUCAGCGGCGAUCGGCGUGAUCACGAUACUCUUGCGGGCAAUUUAGCAUGUCCUGUGAUCUGACCAAAUUAUGCGUCUCUACUACCCGGCACUUACUGCCACCCGGCACCUGUUAGCCAUCAUCCACCCUUUGUGUAGAAUAUUUAGCAUCUUCACGUACCGGCCUGUUGUCUAGGCAUCUCUGAUCAGCCUGCGUCUUCUCGUGAUCAGAAACGCGGACUAUAAAGUCAGACCUCCGUUUCGCAGUUUAUUCAGGCAAGUCUGUUUUAUUUCUAUUUUAGGUGCCACGGGGUCGUUCUGGGCGGAUCAACGGAUUCUUUCACAGCUUGUAUUCUCCUCCACAGUUUCCCUCUGCAUAAAUUGCGCCAAGGAAUGGUUUCAUUGCUUGCUUCAGGCCAUCUCCUGUUCUAUUUCGAGGGCCGUAUGUUAGUCCUGGAACUCUUCAAGCGUGGUUCUGCCAGCCCCCUGAAUUGUCAUAAAGACACCAUCGUCUCCUUCGGGACACAGUAG